UGUCACCCAAACACUUAGUUCCCUCAAAGUUGACAAUUCCAUUGUAAGCUCUUGUGUUUGAAACCAAACCAAUUUGCUAGCUAGAUAGCUAGCUAUAUAAAGACCAACUCCCCUAUCUUCAUUUCACAAAUCCAACCACUCAUCAACCAAAGCAUUUGGCAAAUUAAUUAUUAUGUCUUCUUCAAGGGAGUUCAUCUUCUCCCUCUUCUUGAUCUUCUUCUUCUUCCAUGCCAACUCCAUUUCAUCAUCUCCUACUCCUCAACAACACAAAACUAGAGUGAAGAAGGCCAUAACCCCAUGCCAAACCCUAGACUUCUACUUCCAUGACAUAAUCUACAAUGGUCAAAACUCCCACAAUGCCACUUCUGCCAUUGUGGGAGCACCGGCCUGGGGCAACCGGACCAUCUUAGCGGACCAAGGCCACUUCGGGAACGUGGUCGUGUUCUACGACCCGAUCACGUUGGACAACAACCUCCACUCGAAGCCCGUGGGGUGGGCCCAGGGGUUUUACCUGUAUGACAGGAAGGACGUGUUCACUGCAUGGCUAGGGUUCACUUGUAGCUUCAACACCACCAAGCAUAGGGGUACCAUCAACUUUGCUGGAGCUGACCCUUUAUUGAACAAGACCAGGGACAUUUCGGUCAUUGGUGGCACCGGGGAUUUCUUCAUGGCUCGAGGCGUUGCCACUUUGAUGACUGAUGCAUUUGAGGGUGCAGUGUACUUCAGACUCCGCGUGCUUGUUAAAUUGUACGAGUGUUGGAAAUAAUCAAUUACUCAUAUAUAUUUUCAAAACAAAAAAAAACCAUAGUUUUCAUUUUCUAUGGAGUUUUAUUUUACUAUAUAAAAAAAAACCAUAGUUUUCAUUUUCUAUGGAGUUUUAUUUUACAAUAUGAAAAAAAAACUAUAGUUUUCAUUUUUUAUGGAAUUUUAUUUUACUAUAUGAGUUGUGUAUUUACUGGAAGCUCUACAUAGUCUCACAUUUUUACUCACAUUUUUUUUAGUCACACAGACAAAUUAUUGUGUCAGUGUGAAUAAAAAAUAAUUUUGUGCAAGUAAAAUAUGGGGUAGUAGUAUAUAUAAUGACCAUGUAGAGUGCAAAAUAAUCUUCUUCGUUUUUAUCGAGUCAUCUCUGUUGGUUGAAAUGUUUUGGUUUGUAGUACUAUCAAAUAGGAAAUAUGA